AUGACGGAGGUUUAUGGCUUGGAAAUCUCUUCAAAUGCUUCCGAAUUUCCUUACGAGAAGAAAUUUCCUUCCUUAAUAACUCUUGGCGAACUAAAGAAGAAACUAGAGUUGGUUGUUGGAGCUGCCUUUGAAUCAAUCCAUGUCGAACUUCAUGAUGAUCAGGGGAAGUUUGUGGCAUCUUUAACUGAUAACUCGAAGAGCCUGAAGGAGUUGGGAGUAAGAGAUGGUAUGCGUAUUCAUGCAAUCGACAUCUCAGGUGAAAAUGUGGAACUUCAGGAUGAUAGUAUGGUUGAAAAGUACACAAUGAGUGAUGACAAAUAUAACAGUCGAAAAGAUACUGCACGUGCAUGGAAGAAAAAACUGCUUGAUCGCAAACAUACUGCUACUAUGGAGUCGAACUACAAGGCGUCGGAAAAAAUUAAGGUUGGCGACCGAUGUGAAGUGCAACUCCGAAAUUGUAUGCCUCGUCGUGGUAUAGUCUCAUUCGUUGGUGAAACUGAAUUUCGUGAAGGCCUAUGGGUUGGUGUUACAUAUGACGAACCGGUGGGAAAAAACGAUGGUGCUGUAUCUGGUGUCAGGUACUUUCAUUGCAAUGAUAAACAUGGAGGUUUCGUAAGACCAGUCGACGUUGUUGUUGGCAACUUCCCACCAUUGGGAAUCGAAGAGAAUAUGGUAGAAAUUUGA